AUGGAAGUGUUGCUGCUCCUGGCUGCCAUCCUGCUUUUGGAUGCCAGCGGUGAAUCGCGGCCACUGGUGCCUGCGAUGGUGAUAUUCGGUGACUCGAUGGUCGAUGUAGGUAACAAUGACUACUUGGACACCAUCGGCAAGGUAGACAUGCCUCCCUAUGGCAGAGACUUCAAGGACCAUGUGGCCACCGGGAGGUUUUGCAACGGCAAGCUGGCUAUCGACAUUACAGCUGAAAGGUUGGGGUUCACUAGCUACCCCGCUGCAUAUCUCAGCCCACAGGCAUCAGGGCAGAACCUUCUGAUCGGUGCAAACUUUGCAUCUGGUGGAUCAGGCUUUUACGAUGAUGCGCCAUUCAAGUCUCAAUACAUUACAUUGUCCCAACAACUGGGGUACUUCCAAGAGUACCGAUCUAAGCUGGCGGUGGUGGCCGGGAACAGUAAGGCUCAGUCAAUCAUCUCUGACGCACUGUACAUCAUCUGCAUCGGUUCAAAUGACUUCCACCUCAACUACUUCAUCAAUCCCUUGCUCUUGAGCACCCUGAACUUGGACCAAUACUGCGACCGCCUCCUCGCCAUCUUCCGCAAUACCAUCGCGGAGCUCUACGGUGCUGGAGCGCGUCGCAUCGGUGUGAUGUCGUUGCCGCCCAUGGGCUGCUACCCUGUGGCGAUCACAGUUGCCGGCCUCGGGAACGACCGGUGCAUGCCGUGGCUCAACACCAUUGCCCAGAGGUUCAACGGGAAGAUUGGCGCUGCCGUGAACUCGAUGUCGGGGCGAUAUCAUGAUCUCAAGAUCUCCCAUCUGGACAUCUACACGCCCAUAUACGGGCUUGUCGCCUCUCCUUGGUCGCAUGGCUUCACGGAGGCCAGGAGGGCAUGCUGCUCAUUAAUUUUCUGCAACGCCCGUGGCGUCGGGAUCUGCCGGAACGCCACCACGUACGUCUUCUGGGAUGGUGCCCAUCCAACAGAGGCGGCCAACCAAGUGAUCGCAGACUAUCUCCUCGCACACGGCAUCAACGACCUAGUGGUUUCAUGA